GCCGGCCUCGCUCGCCAUCUCCCGAAUUCGCUCGCCACGUCCGGUACCCCGCGCGCAGAGAAGACUUUCCCGCGCGAUGAAGUUUCCCGUCGUGGGGAUUCCGCGCGCAAUUCCCCGCCCCGUCCAUCGCCUUAUCCUCUCACCAGUUCCUGCCGCCGCUACCACACAUGCAGAGCUCCUAAUCAUGGCCCCCUCCAGGUCUCCCUUGUCCUCUUCACCGUGAGCCACUUCCUCGCUCCCAACGUCGGAGCCGCUUCCUCACUCAUGGACAGGCCACUUCCUCCGAAUCGGCACACCACCGCACGGCCCGAUCAGCUUCGUCAUGGACAAGCUGCAUCGAGCAUCCGGGAGAUCCCAACUGCUGCGGCCUAUUAUCCCGACAUCAGGCAGAUGGAAGCAGCUGGCGGAUGGCAGCAGCAUCAGGUGGACGGGCAGCAGUUGGGAUGGGAGCAGCAGGCGGAUGGGAGAUCCCAGCUGCGCCGGACAGAUUACAACUCGUCUUCGUCGAUCCCGGUAGCCGGCGGAUGCGAGCUGCAGCAAGACGCGCUGCUUCCGUGGUUGGAGAAUGCGGCACAAGGAGGCCAGCGCCAACGAGUCCUUGCACCGAACAGUUCAGCUGCUGCUUCGGCGUCGAACCCAUUCCUCGAUGUGUGCUCCACCGAAAUGGAUUCAGGAAGACCUUUGACCGACAUGAUUAUGGAGGGUUUCACUCCAGGUGGAGUCUCUAACAAUGUCCCACAUCAUAAUGAAAUAGAAGCAAGCAAAGAGGUCCCUGCUGUUGUCAAAUCAAAUAAAAAAAGGUCCAAAAAUUUCACUGUUCCAGAAGACGAGAUGUUGGUGUCAGCAUGGCUAAAUGUGAGUUUAGAUCCCAUAAGAGGAGUCAAUCAAUCAAAAGAUACCUAUUGGAAAAGAAUACGUGAUUUCUUUCAUUUACAUAAGGAUUUCGAAUCUAAUCGCACACAAAGCUCUCUAAUGAGUCGAUGGUCUAGUAUACAACACGAGUGCAACACAUUUGCUCAUUGUGUUUCAAGGGUAGAGGCCAGAAAUCAAAGUGGUGCAUCUGUGGAUGACAAGCAAGCAAAUGCAUUAACUAUGUAUAAGAAUGAAGACCAAUUACACAGGACUUUCCAGUACAUACAUUGCUGGAAAAAGCUCAAAGACCAUUCUAAGUGGAUAAAUAGGCCCCAGGCUACUGGACCUCAGAAACCUUUCAGCAAAAAACAAAAGACCACUGCUAAUUCAACUCCUACUGAUGCACUAGAUCCUGUCACUGGUACUGUUGCUGAGACUCAAACUGCAACAACCACAGUGGUGAGGCCUCCAGGGACUAAGAAGGAAAAGCAGAAAUUAAAGCAACGUUCGAGCAUUGAAGCUUUGGACUAUUUAUUAGCAAAGAAGAAAGAGGUGGAUGCUGAGAAGGAGUUGAAGAGAAAGGAGAGGGAGUUGAAGAAAGAGGAGAGGGAGUUGAAGAAACAAGAGAUGUGCCAAAAAGCCCUUGCCUUGCAGGAAGAAAGGAUAAAACUUGACAAAGAAAAAUUUGAUUUCGAGCGAGACCAAGAAGAAGAAAGAAUUAUAAAUAUUGAUAUGAGCACCUUGUCAACCAGACAGCAACAGUUCUACGAUGAUCAACAGAAGAAAAUACUUGCAAGACGGCUUGGAAAUUAGUAGCACCAUGAUCUUUUAGAUUUGGGCAUAUAGUGUGAGACAUAUCUCAUUUUCU